GCCGGCGCUGCGCCCGGAGCGCGUUCAGGUGACCGAGCGGGAGGCGCGGCGGCGUCGGGCUCCAGCCAUGCUGUUCUGGCACACGCAGCCCGAGCACUACAACCAGCACGGCUCCGGCGGCUACCUGCGUGAUGUGCUUGCGCUGCCCAUCUUCAAGCAGGAGGAGCCCCAGCUGUCCCCUGAGAACGAGGCCCGCCUGCCACCCCUGCAGUACGUGCUGUGUGCUGCCACGUCCCCAGCCGUGAAGCUGCAUGAAGAGACACUGACCUACCUCAACCAAGGUCAGUCUUAUGAAAUUCGGCUGCUGGAGAAUCGGAAGCUGGGAGACUUCCAGGAUCUGAACACAAAGUACGUCAAGAGCAUCAUCCGUGUGGUUUUCCAUGACCGUCGGCUGCAGUACACAGAGCACCAGCAGCUGGAGGGCUGGCGGUGGAGCCGGCCUGGGGACCGGAUCCUGGACCUCGAUAUUCCACUGUCUGUUGGUAUCUUGGACCCCAGGGCCAGCCCGACCCAGCUGAACACUGUCGAGUUUUUGUGGGACCCUUCGAAGAGAGCCUCGGCGUUCAUUCAGGUGCACUGCAUCAGCACAGAGUUCACCCCGAGGAAGCACGGGGGCGAGAAGGGGGUGCCUUUCCGAGUGCAGAUCGACACGUUUAAGCAGAACGAGAAUGGGGAGUACACCGAGCACUUGCACUCCGCCAGCUGCCAGAUCAAGGUGUUCAAGCCGAAGGGAGCAGACCGCAAACAAAAGACCGACCGAGAGAAGAUGGAGAAGAGAACCGCCCAGGAGAAGGAGAAGUACCAGCCGUCCUAUGAAACCACCAUUCUCACCGAGUGCUCCCCGUGGCCCGACGUGGCCUACCAGGUGAACAGCGCCCCGUCCCCCAGCUACAACGGCUCUCCAAACAGCUUCGGCCUCGGCGAAGGCAGCACCUCACCGACCCACUCCCACCCGCUGGAGACCCUGCCCGUGGGCAGCGAUCACCUGCUCCCGUCCGCCUCCAUCCAGGACGCCCAGCAGUGGCUGCACCGCCACAGGUUCUCGCAGUUCUGCCGGCUCUUCGCCAGCUUCUCAGGUGCUGACUUACUGAAGAUGUCUCGAGAUGAUCUGGUGCAGAUCUGUGGCCCCGCAGAUGGGAUCCGGCUCUUCAACGCCAUCAAAGGCAGGAACGUGAGGCCGAAGAUGACCAUUUAUGUCUGUCAGGAGGUGGAGCAGAGCCGGGCACCCCUGCAGCAGAAGCGGGACGGCGGUGGGGACAGCGGUCUGUGUGUGUACCAUGCCAUCUUCUUGGAAGAGCUGACCACCUUGGAGUUGAUUGAGAAGAUCGCCAACCUGUACAGCAUCUCCCCACAGCACAUCCACCGAGUCUACCGGCAGGGGCCCACAGGCAUCCACGUGGUGGUCAGCAACGAGAUGGUGCAGAAUUUCCAGGAUGAGUCCUGUUUUGUCCUCAGCACCUUAAAAGCGGAAAGCAGCGAUGGCUACCACAUCAUCCUGAAAUGUGGCCUCUGAGCAGCAUGGAGCGGCAGCUGCCUCCACCUCCCAGCCCCGUGGACCCCCUUGGAUAUAGGAAUUCACCAUCGGAAGCUGCAGCCUUUCUGGCUAGAAGGGACCUUGCUGAUCUAAGAAAGCUGCACACCGGCAGCCAACAGACACCCACGCAGACCUCUGCAUGCAGAUCCCACCGGCAGAAACCCACGCAGACCUCUGCAUGCAGAUCCCACCGGCAGAAACCCACACAGACCUCUGUAUGCAGAUCCCACCAGCAGCCAGCAGAAACCCACACAGACCUCUGCAUGCAGAUCCCACCAGCAGAAACCCACACAGACCUCUGCAUGCAGAUCCCACCGGCAGAAACCCACACAGACCUCUGCAUGCAGAUCCCACCGGCAGAAACCCACGCAGACCUCUGCAUGCAGAUCCCACCGGCAGAAACCCACACAGACCUCUGCAUGCAGAUCCCACCGGCAGAAACCCACACAGACCUCUGCAUGCAGAUCCCACCGGCAGAAACCCACACAGACCUCUGCAUGCAGAUCCCACCGGCAGAAACCCACGCAGACCUCUGCAUGCAGAUCCCACCAGCAGAAACCCACACAGACCUCUGCAUGCAGAUCCCACCGGCAGAAACCCACGCAGACCUCUGCAUGCAGAUCCCACCGGCAGAAACCCACACAGACCUCUGCAUGCAGAUCCCACCGGCAGAAACCCACACAGACCUCUGCAUGCAGAUCCCACCGGCAGAAACCCACGCAGACCUCUGCAUGCAGAUCCCACCGGCAGAAACCCACGCAGACCUCUGCAUGCAGAUCCCACCAGCAGCCAGCAGACACCCACGCAGACCUCUGCAUGCAGAUCCCACCAGCAGCCAGCAGACACCCACGCAGACCUCUGCAUGCAGAUCCCACCAGCAGACACCCACGCAGACCUCUGCAUGCAGAUCCCACCAGCAGCCAGCAGACACCCACGCAGACCUCUGCAUGCAGAUCCCACCAGCAGCCAGCAGAAACCCACGCAGACCUCUGCAUGCAGAUCCCACCAGCAGAAACCCACGCAGACCUCUGCAUGCAGAUCCCACCAGCAGAAACCCACACAGACCUCUGUAUGCAGAUCCCACCAGCAGCCAGCAGAAACCCACGCAGACCUCUGCAUGCAGAUCCCACCAGCAGAAACCCACGCAGACCUCUGCAUGCAGAUCCCACCAGCAGAAACCCACGCAGACCUCUGCAUGCAGAUCCCACCAGCAGAAACCCACGCAGACCUCUGCAUGCAGAUCCCACCGGCAGAAACCCACGCAGACCUCUGCAUGCAGAUCCCACCGGCAGAAACCCACGCAGACCUCUGUAUGUAGAUCCCACCGGCAGAAACCCACACAGACCUCUGUAUGCAGAUCCCACCAGCAGCCAGCAGAAACCCACGCAGACCUCUGCAUGCAGAUCCCACCAGCAGAAACCCACGCAGACCUCUGCAUGCAGAUCCCACCAGCAGAAACCCACGCAGACCUCUGCAUGCAGAUCCCACCGGCAGAAACCCACUCAGACCUCUGUAUGUAGAUCCCACCGGCAGAAACCCACACAGACUUCUGCAUGCAGAUCCCACCGGCAGAAACCCACACAGACCUCUGCAUGCAGAUCCCACCGGCAGAAACCCACGCAGACCUCUGCAUGCAGAUCCCACCAGCAG